CGGCGGAGAACGCGUCCAGGAAUUCGGAUGCACGAGCACGAAUGGCAAACUACAAACGUGUUAUAUUCCUUCAAAAGCUGGAGAGGUAAGCUUUCUUAGUGCGUCUGUUGAAAUUCUGUUACGUGCAAUUCAAACGCGCCGGUCAUUUGGAAAGUAUUUUGCUGUCGCUUUUAACGCGAUCCGUUUACAGCGAAUGUCGAAAGGGACAUUUCUCAUACUGGAGGUGGACGGGGAUGGUGUAUCACUUGGGGGGAACAGCAUUGACAACGAAUCGAUCCAUUCGGGGAGGAUAGAUGCUGUGUGGGAAUCUGAAACCACCGAGAAACUGUUCACGUUUGCACCCCUUCUUCUGACGGAGGAUGAUCUACACCAGCAAGGUGCUGACUUGGCGGAAAAUGUUGGGGUUGUGAAAGUUAAAAUUUACCGUGCAACGGCCCGUAAAACCCAAUUUACGCCCAAGACUAUUUCCAUGCCUGGAGACCGCCCCAUACAUGAAAAAAAUAAGAAGGCUGUAUCUCACGCGAUCAGACUCGGUGAGGUGCGCUCAACCAACGAACACCCAUGUGAGUGGGUCUCUCCGAAACGCAGCCAUGGAGCUAUAAUGUAUGAGGUCGACUUCAGAUAUGCCCCAAUUGACUAUUUGCGCGCGCGGGGUAUAGCACCUCAACUAAAGCCCCUCGUUCCCCCUGAACCUGCUCCUCAACAAACAAGGAAAGUGCACGAGUCGACGACGGAUAUAGCGACAGAUCCACCCCCUCAAACAAACAGUCGCGAAGAUCCUUCCCUCCAUAAGCGCAAGAAAGCGGAUGGGUUAAAUGCUGAGUUGUUCAGUGAUGAUAGUUUGAACAACCUGACCCCAGAAGAACAGGAAAUGUACGCCAUUCUUAGGAAAAAAGCGAAAGAAGGACGGAAGUCGAAGAAGCCUAAACACAGGUAUCAGGGCUCGACUGCUGCCGAAUCGAUCGUCAUUAGCGAUUAGAGAAACUGUGGAAUUGCACCUUGCAUGAUACUUCGCCUCUUCCAUAAUCACACCAUGUCUUGAUCGUUGCCCACUUAAGCAGCUACAAUGUGGGCAUGUUAAACGGCACGCGAGGUCGAUAUAGAUUUGUCCAUCAUUUGAUGCUUUGAUAAAAAAAAUACUAUUAUCACGGUUUGUC